GAGGCCUCCUCCUCCUCCUGCAGCACAUUUACCAUAAAAACAACUUAUGUGAACAACUCUCCACAGCUUUCAUUAAAUUCUGACUGAUAGAAAUCAGAGAGAACUGGCUUCAACUUCAACUUCCUUCAACAUAAAGCUGUACACAACUAAAGACUCACUGCAGCUCUCUGAUCCAACGACCGUCAUGGCCCAUGUGUCAGACCCUUACAUCUUCACCUCUGACACCUUACCCAGCGACCCCCGCUUCCUCCCACCGCUGGCGAACGGGCUUCUGGGCUGGAGGGUGUACAACAACAUCAUGCACAUGGGUGGUGUUUAUAAUGGGGAGGGUGGACAUUGCCACAGAGCUGAUGUACCAUGUCCUCUAGCAGUGAUGAUGGAGACAGUAGAUCCUGCCAAGCAUAUCUACACUCUGGACACCAACACAGGUAUUUUCACCCACACGCUGAGCUCAGCCAGCAUGACUGCAUCCCAGUCUUUGUACUCCCACCGGUUCUACCCCAACGUGAUGGUGAUGGAGGUCCUGUUGGUGCGUCAGGUGACUUCGGAGGAGCCAGUUACAGUUACCCUUGACAGCUCGUUCACUCCUCAGAGCAAAGACAUCAUUUUUGAGUCUGGUCCGGACUACAGAGGUGGAAAACAUAUUCAAGGACAGACAACCACGGCUGAAUUCCCAGGAGGAUCCUGUCCCACGGUGCACCUCAUCUGGACUCCUGUACCCCCCACGCUCACGCUGCUACCUGAGCAAACCAAGGCUCGCUGGGGCUUCAUCCUGGUUGUGGCCAACACGAUGGACACUGCACAAGCCAGUUACGAUGAGGGGCUGAGUCUGAUGGCGACGGGCAACCUGCGUCCGUCUCACGAGAAGGCCUGGAAAGAGCUGUGGCUGCAGAGCAGAGUGGAGGUGAAAGGGUCCGAGAGCCUCUGCAAGGCCUUGAUCGGCUGCAUGUUUUACCUACUCAGUGCCUUCCCGUCCAUCCACGACACCUCCACAUCUUUUGGUGGCGUCAGUCCAGGUGGACUCUCUAAUGGUGGGGAUGGUCAAGAUUACUGGGGUCAUGUAUUCUGGGAUCAGGACGUUUGGAUGUAUCCUGGAGUAGCACUCUUCUACCCCAAGCUGGCCCGAGCAGUGCUGGAGUACAGGGUGGGGACGGUGGAUGGUGCAAAAGACAACGCCCAGAGUCAAGGCUUCAAGGGGCUAAAGUUCCCGUGGGAGAGUGCCGUCUCAGGCAGAGAGGUGUGUCCUGAGGACAUCUAUGGACAGCAAGAGAUUCACAUCAACGGUGAUGUCGCGUUAGCAUUUCAACACUACUUCUACCUUACUGAGGACCUGUCUAUGUUCACAGAGGGGAGGGGGAGCGAGGUGAUCUUUGGGGUGGCUGAUUACUGGGUUUCCAGGGUAACGUGGCACCCUGAGGAGCAGAAAUACCAUCUCCUGGGUGUCAUGCCACCUGAUGAAUAUUACUCCGAUGUCAACAACUCUGUGUAUACAAAUGCAACAGUCAAACUCAGUCUGCAGUUUGCCGUGGAGUUGGCUGAUCUCCUGCAGCAUCCUGCACCAAAAGAAUGGCAGGAAGUGGCCGAACACAUUGAAAUACCCUUUGACCCGGAGGCCCAAUACCACCCUGAGUUUGACGGCUACAAGCAAGGCCAACCGGUGAAACAGGCGGACACGGUGAUGCUGGGUUACCCUCUGGGCAUGCCGAUGUCUCUGAAGGUUAGGAGGAAUGAUCUUGAAGCGUAUGAGCCAGUAACGGACCCAAAAGGUCCAGCUAUGACGUGGGGCAUGUUUGCAAUAGGCUGGCUGGAGCUUGGAGAGGCGGAGAAAGCUCAACGUUUACUGGAAAAGUGCUUCAAGAACAUCCAGGGACCAUUUCAGGUAUGGAGUGAAUCAUCAGAUGGUUCUGGAGCAGUGAACUUUCUCACAGGCAUGGGAGGAUUUCUGCAAGCUGUGCUGUUUGGCUACACGGGUUUCAGAGUUCAGAAGGAAUGCUUGGCCUUUUCCCCACUGCUUCCUGAUGACAUCUGUGAACUUUGUGUCCGUGGUGUUAAUUACCUGGGCAGUCAGAUGGACUGGCUGCUCAGGAGAGAUGAAGUUUGUAUCAUCCUCAGGGAGAAGGCUGCAAACACAAAACCCCACCAACUCCAAGUUGUUCUGAAGUCAUCAGGAGUUAAAAUCCCUCUCAUGCCAGGUCAGCCGGUGACUUUUCCUCGAGAGCCUGGAUGUGUUAGUAAAAUAGAUUCUUCAUCUUUCUGCUGGCCUCUCUGAUACAGAAGCAGGAUGUAACGGAAUGAAAUGACUGUUUCCACCAAACGUCAUUUUCCCCCUCUCCUCUGACACGACUAGUCUGCAUGAGAUAUGGCCUCAAGGUCUCAUGCAUUUGCUAUAAACUGCUUUCUUUCCAGCUCAAGAGAAGAGUGAAGAAAGGGACUCUCCUUUUAAUAAAUCAAAGAGCUCUGUUUUACCAAAGCUAAUCAAACAAAGUGUUAGUCAAUAAGUAAGAUGCGACCAAUCUGUGAAAUCAAAAUAUUAAUUACUUUAUUAUAAUCCUAUAGAAUAUAAUAAGUAAUAUGAUGUUUCCACUAGAACUGAUCUCAUGUAGCAUUAAGACAUGACACAUUGCUUUUACUGAUCCAAUCAGAAUCUGCCAGAUCUGACGGAAGCGGGGUUUUGGUGGUGAUUGGUAAAUCUGUCAUCUUUUCAUUCGACCAUAAACCAAAACAUCCGAAGUAUAAAACUAUGCCCACGUCAUCUCUAACGCCAGUUCAAAGCGUUCUAGAGAAGUGUCGGGGUGGCCAAUCCGUAACUUUCCUCUUCAGCCAAAAGAACCAACGACAAGCUGGAUAAAAUCUGUUGCUGUUCCAACUGCUGCAACAAUUCCUGGUCGGCAACCGCUGCUUUUCCUACCGGCUUCGGUUCCAGAGAGGGUCCAGCUGGACCCCAACAUUCCUGAUCUAACAGGGACUUCCACAAGGGUAUGUAGGCCGACGAAAUGGCGUUGAACGUGUUUAUGAAUCUCCCAACCAAAGCUUAGAGCGAAGACAUCGCCUUCAUUUCCCAUCAGAACUAAUUGCUUCUUCGGAUUUGCUGGUUCUGAGCAACGUUCCACAUCACACCAUUCUCCGUCUCAUCCACCUUAGUUACACCAUACAUUUAGUGUUAAAGUGAGUAGUUUAAUUUGUUUAGUAAUAAAUCUUUAAACUUGACUCUCUCUUCUGUUGUCUCUGAGUGAAUACAAAGCUGUUAUCUAAUCUCUGCAAUAAAAAGUUCCAAUCUUCUGGUUAAAAUAACCCAACAGAUCCAUGAGGUUGAUUUCAUAUUUCCUAUGGAAUCCUAGGUCUUAUGGCUUAUUAAGUAACAUGUAAUUUAAAUCAUUACAAGGAUCAGUCCUACUAGUCUCCAACACUAAUAAUAAACAUUUUCACUUAA